UGUAUUUGGAUAGGGGAUGAGCCUGAGGAUCUCCAGAGCUCUGUGCUGUAUGGAGGAGGAAUAAGACGGUCAGUGACAGGAGGAUCCGCGGGGAGAGGACAGGGACGGUAACGCUCGCGGACUGGGAUGAAAGACGCGCCCGCGGGAGGAACGGUUUUGGCCGCGUUCUGGGUGGAAACAACAGACGCGCUGUGAUGGACAGACCGAGCGAGCGUGCGCGCGCGAGAUGCGGGAAUAAUAACAUUAUUAUUAAUAUUAAUAUUAAUAUCAGCGCGGGUUUAGAGCUGAAAACACCGGGCCUCGAUUAUUAUCAUCAACAACAGCAGCAUCAUCAUCAUUAUCACCAUCAACACUGGUGCUGAUUACUCUCAACUGUGGAUUAUUGUUAUUAUUAUUAUAAUAAUAAUAAAACAGCAGGAGCCUUAUUAUAAUUAUAAUUAAAUGUACUAUUUUUAUUAUUAUUAAUAUUUUUUAUUAUUAUCAUUAUUAUAGUAGUGAUGUAGAUGAUAAUGAUGAUGAUGAAGAAGAAGAACAACAUGAUGAUGAUAGUGGUGAAGAUGGUGGAUUUUGCUUGCCCCCAAACAAGCUGCUGAUCCAGCGUCAGCAUCAGCUCCAUCUCACCAAGGAUUCUCUCAGCUCUUUCAUUUUCAUCAUUUUUCCACAGCAGCAUCUAACUCUGACCUCUCUCCAGAGCAAACCAGCAGAAAAUCAUAUUAUUCCCAGCAGCAGAGGCUCGAAAACACCCAGCGUUGGCCUACACACAACCCAGAGUACCCAGGACUGGAUGGCACCCACGCUGGAGGCUGGCAUGCUGGGUUUCAUUAUUUAUAUCAGCUUAUAUUCAGGAUAAAAAACACUACAAUUAAAAAUAAAAAACACUAAAACAGAGGUAAAGUAGGGCAUUGUGGCUUUGGGCUUUUAACACUGACAACAUGAUCUCAAGUAUGUUGGACCCUUAGUUUGCAUACCUAUGAACCAAUGAUGAGGAGGUAGGUGUGUUUGUUUUGUUUUAGUAUUUUUGCUCAUUGUGACCAAAUAGACCUUAUAUGUUAGCUUUAGCAUUAGCUUUAUAGCAUGCAUGGCUGUGUAUUUCUCAAAGAAAAUAAAAACAAAACAAAAAACAUUCCACAGCCUGAGGGUUUCAGCUGUUGAAGGUUUCAAUUGUUCAGAGCUUCAGUUGGUAAAGGGUUCCAGUUGUUAAGUCUUGGUGUCAUUGGUCUUAUGAUGGUUUAGACUCAAAUGUUUUAAACCUGUAAGAUAAUAUUUAGGCCUAAUAUUUAUAUUCCAGUUAUGUUAAAGAUUCCAGUUGUUGAGGGUUUUAGCUUUGGGGUUAUACGUUCAAUCUUGGGUUCUGUAUGCUUAAUAGCAUCCAAUUGUUAAGUGUAUUAAUUGUUGAGGGAUCUAGUUGUUGAGGAUUGCAGUUUUUGAGGGAUCCAGAUAUUGAGGGAUCUAGAUAUUGAGGGAUCCAGAUAUUGAGGGAUCUAGAUAUUGAGGGAUCCAGAUAUUGAGGGAUCUAGAUAUUGAGGGAUCUAGUUGUUGAGGAGUCCAUUUGUCAAAGGUUCCAAUUGUUAAACGUUUCAGUUGUUGAGGGAUCUAGUUAUUGAGGGUUCCAGUUGUUAAGGCUUCCAGUUGUUAAGGAAUGCAGUUGUUGAGGGAUCUAGUUGUUGCGGGAUCCAGUUGUUGAGGAUUCCAGUUGUUGUGGGAUCCAGUUGUUGAGAAUUGCAGUUGUUGAGGGAUCCAGUUGUUGAGGGUUCCAGUUGUUAAAGAAUGCAGUUGUUGAGGGUUCUAGUUGUUGCGGGAUCCAGUUGUUGAGGGAACCCGUUGAUAAGGGAUCUAUUUGUUGAGGGAUCUAGUUGUUAAAGGUUCCAAAUAUUAAGUGUUUCAGUUUAUAAGUGGUUCACUUAUUGAGGGUUCCAGUUGUUGAGGGUUCCAGUUGUUACAAGGGAUCCAGCAAUUGGGGGUCCCAUUUAUUGAAUAUUCCUGGUAAUUCUUGCCCCAACAUGGCUUCACCAUGUCCAAAUCUUAGCUGUACUGAGACAAUACACAUUCAUGCAUUUGAAUGAACUGUUUUAACCUGUAAUAUUAUGUUUACUUUCAAUUAAUCCAAGGAUUUUAGGAAAUACAUACACAGUUUCAUAAGCUCUAAAAAGUUCAAACUAAUCAGACGAGAUCAUGAUAAAAGAUUGAGAUGAAAACAGGAAAGCUGGAACAUUCAUAGGAACAAAAAUGGAAACCCAGAAUCAGCCAAGUGCCCUACAGACUCUCUGACAACAUUCUCAUUCUAGUGGAAAAUCUGGGAGAAUUCCAGGGAAGAAUACGGGAUAGUUUGGAAAAUUCUGUCAAGUCCAGUUAAGCAACUUAUGUGAUCUCCAGUGGUGGAAACUAGGAAUAAUUUUGCAUGGAAACUGAAAGAAUUCAGAUUAAAAGAAUUGAAUCAUUAGAGAAGACGGUGUGAGUUGAGCAGUUGAGCAAGCUGAUAGACCUCCAGUAGAGGAAACUGAGAGAAUUUCUACAGGAAAAGUACUGUAGAGAUAACUGGGACAAUUCUAGUUUAGCAAACCAUUAGAAUUCUAGUGGAUCAGAUUUGAAAAAGCCUAAUUCUUCGGUUGAUUCUUGUUGGGCGUUAACUGGAUUAUAUGCCAUUUUUAAAGCCAUAUUACUGCUUGUUGACACUGGAGGCUGCAGAGAUCUGGGCAUGCUCACUCUUUUGAACCACUUGUUCUAAAAAAAAAAAUAAAAGUGCCUUUAUAAAUGCUAAUACAUAGCGAGCACAACACCGAUAAAACUGAUCAACUCGAUCAAUCUGAUCAAUCUGAAGCUGCCGGAUGCGUCCUGCAUGGAUGUUGUGCCUGAGUUGACCGAGGGUCUCGUCCAGCUGUUGAGACCGCACCGCUGACCCGCGGCCUCAGACAUGGACCCCCGGUCCAGACUCAGCAGCAUGGGUAGUGGAGGCGGGGGGAACGCCGCCCCGCUGCCCUGCACCAACUGCGGGGGCUCCUGCGGCCCACCGCCGCCCUCCAUCCUGCUGCCCGGCGCCGGCCAGGAGAACGGCAGCAGCUGGAACUCCUCCUCAGUCAGCUCUCCUGAUUCCCACCUCCAUCAGCAUCAGCAGCAUCACGGAGGUUCUAAUCCCUACUGGACCGCCGUGUUCGAUUACGAGGCGGCGGCAGACGAGGAGCUGACCCUGCGGCGUGGAGACCUGCUGGAGGUGCUCUCCAAAGACUCCAAGGUGUCCGGAGACGAGGGCUGGUGGACGGGUAAGAUCCAGGACAAGGUGGGCAUCUUCCCCAGCAACUACGUUACGCGGAGGGACACCACGCUGCCCCCUGGAGGCCUGCUGGUGGGCAGCGAGAGCCCACUGGAGAUAGACUUCUUGGAACUGUGCCUGGAGGAGGUGAUCGGCGCUGGCGGAUUCGGGAAAGUGUAUAAAGGAGUUUGGAGGAACGAGGAGGUGGCGGUGAAGGCGGCCCGGCAGGAUCCGGACGAGGACAUCAGCGCCACGGCGGAGAACGUGCGGCAGGAGGCGCGGCUUUUCUGGAUGCUACGACACCCGAACAUCAUCGCCCUGCGGGGCGUCUGCCUGAAGGAGCCUAACCUGUGCCUGGUGAUGGAGUACGCCCGUGGAGGGGCUCUGAACCGGGCGCUGGCGGGGAAAAAGGUGCCCCCUCGGGUACUGGUUAACUGGGCCGUGCAGAUCGCCACCGGCAUGGACUACCUGCACAACCAGACCAUUGUUCCAGUCAUCCACCGGGACCUGAAGUCCAGUAACAUUCUGAUCCUGGAGCCGGUGGAGAGGGACGAUCUGAGUGGAAAGACUCUGAAGAUCACGGACUUCGGGUUGGCGCGGGAGUGGCAUCGAACCACUAAAAUGAGCGCGGCGGGCACCUACGCGUGGAUGGCACCGGAGGUCAUCAAGCUGUCCCUCUUCUCCAAGAGCAGCGACGUCUGGAGUUUUGGAGUGUUGCUGUGGGAGCUGCUGACCGGUGAGGUUCCCUAUCGGGAGAUUGAUGCGCUGGCGGUGGCGUACGGCGUCGCCAUGAACAAGCUGACUCUUCCUGUUCCAUCUACCUGUCCUGAAGCCUUCGCCCAGCUGCUGGGAGAGUGCUGGAGCCCGAACCCUCACAGCCGGCCCUCCUUCAGCAGUAUUCUGAAGCGUCUGCUGGCGAUCGAGCAGUCCUCCAUGUUCCAGAUGCCCCUGGAGUCCUUCCACUCUCUGCAGGAGGACUGGAGGCUGGAGAUCCAGCAGAUGUUUGACGAGCUGAGGGCGAAGGAGAAGGAGCUGCGGUCGUGGGAGGAGGCGCUGGCGCGGGCGGCGGAGGAGCAGAAGGAGCAGGAGGAGCAGCUGAAGAGGAGGGAGCAGGAGCUGGCCGAGCGAGAGAUCGACAUCGUGGAGAGAGAGCUGAACAUCAUCAUCCAUCAGAUGUACCAGGAGAAACCCCACGUCAAAAAACGCAAAGGACACUUCAAAAAGAGCCGCCUCCACAAACUGGGCCGAGACAGCAACUCCAUCAGCCUGCCCUCCGAUUUUGAGCAUAAGAUCACGGUGCAGGCGUCCCCCAGUGUGGAUAAGAGGAAAACUCAGGGCAGUGAGAGCACCACUCCUCCAGCCAGUCCCGGGGUCAUCCCCCGUCUCAGAGCCAUUCGCUUGACCCCUAGUGAUGGGAGGAACACGUGGGGGCGUACAUCUGCGCCUAAAAAGGACGACCUAGCAGGGACCAAAAAGAAGGGGCGUACCUGGGGUCCUAGCUCCACCCAUCAGAGAGAACGUGCAGGAGGAGAGGACAGGUUAAAGUCUCUCGGCGAGGGGAAGGUGUGGUCCUCCAGCGCUCCUAAUUUGGGCAAAUCCCCAAAACACAUUCCUAUAACCGCCGGCUUCUCCAGCCUCAGUGAGAUGGAGGAGCACUGUGAGUUUGAGGAGCGCUUGGCGCCGGAGGGCAGCAGUAACGGGGCAGCGGAGGAUAGCAGUCAGGCGUGGGUGGGGGUCGGACCGGGCGUCAGUUCCCAGGAUUCUUUGCGGCGCUGCAGUCAGAGGAAGAAGAGCGACCUGCUGCUGCUGGGCUGCGCCUCCAUCCUGGCCUCGGUGGGACUCGGCGCAGAUCUCCUCCAGCUCGGACGCCUGCAGGUGAGUCAGGACGAGCAGGACAUGCGUGAGGAGCAGCGCAGGAAGAAGGAGGGUCUGUUCCAGCGUACGGGACGAUUCCGCCGCAGCACGUCUCCCCCUAGCCGCACCCUGUCCCUGUCCCACAGCCGGCACCACGACUCCGCCCUGCCCUGCCUGGACCCGUCCCCCUCCGUCACGCUGCUGUCCCUGUCCUCACUGUCCGACUGCAACUCCACCAAGUCCCUGCUGCCCUCUGACCCCGACGACCUGCCACCCACACCGGGCAGCGCCCCGCCCGCUGCAUCGCCCGCACCCGCCCCCGCCCUCAACCCCCUGCUGGACCUGCGGGCCGAGAGCUUCAAACGGGAGCCCAACCAGUCCCUCACCCCCACCCACGUCUCCGCCGCCAUGGCCCUGAACCGCGGGCACCGCCGCACGCCCUCCGACGGGGCCAUACGCCCGCGGGCACAGACUGUGGUGGGGCAUCGCCGCACGCCAUCGGAUGGCAGCAUGCCCAUCCCGCCCACCACCACUGCUGCACCGCACACAGGUUCUCGGGACACUCUGGACAUCCCCCGUCUGCCUGACCCGUCUUCAGUCUUCCCCCUGGCACACCGGCGUAAAGCUCCGCCCCCGCCCCCUCCACCUGCGCCCACCACCACCACCACCCCCGCCCCUGACGGGCACAGCGGCACCCUGGAGCGCCCCAAGACCCUGGAGUUCGCCCCGCGCCCCCGUCCCACGCCCGCCCGCGCCCGGCCGGACCCCUGGAAGCUGUCGUCCCUGUCCCGGACGCUCAGCUCGUCCCCGGGCAGCAGCUGUGACAGUCCGCUGGGCUCGGGGGACAGCGGGGUCAGCGCCGGGGUCAGCGCCACCCGCCAGACCCUGCUGGACAUGGACAUGGAGGGGCAGAGCCAGGACAGCACCGUGCCCCUGUGCGGGCAGCACCCUCCGCCCGCGCUGUGCGAGCAGCACUUCCUAUAGGAGCACGGGGAGACUGAGGCCCUGCCCACAGGACACCGCCCCGCCCACAGGACAUUGCCCCGCCCACAGGACAUUUACACCGCCAGCACUUUUUACUCAGACAUGCAGACACACCCUCAGCCAGUCAGUUCUUUUUAACAGUUUAAGAGUGCUCACUAUUGCUCACUAUUUAUAGCAUUUGCUAUACAGAAAAUAUAGAGUUUUGCUUUAAGGUGAACAGCCUUUAUUAAACAGUAUAUAUUACGUUUACUAUACAGUACCAGUCAAAGUUUGGACAAACCCUAAAUUCAGUGUCUUUUCAUUAUUUUAAAAUAAAGUUCUGCAUUGUAGACUAAUACUAAACUCAUCCAAAACAUUGACAUCUUUAAGCGCAAACUAAAAACCUAUGUAUGCAGUGUUUAACAUUUAAUUUGUUUUAUCUUGUCUAUUUUAGAUUAAAUUAUUAUCUUUCUUUCCUUCUUCAUAUUUUUUUAUAUUUUCUUCAAAUCACAUUCAAGAAGUACCUUGAAUGUCAAUCUUAUUUGUCUAAAAUGCUAAUAAGUAAAUAUUAAUAAAGUUGGAUUAAUUAAUAAUUGAUCCAAACUAUGAAAUUAUUUAAAAGAAGUGUUAAACAAACCCGGAAUGGCUUUCAGUUAACAGCUGUGCCUCGUCAAGAGUUCGAAUCAUUAUUUCAAUGUUCUAAUCCUGAUUAUGGUAAGAACUACUAAAAUUACUUUAAGAAAUUAAAAAAAAAAGAAGAAUAUAAA